AACUCUUCGUUUGUUUCUUUUACUUUGAUCUUUGAAAAAAAUGGAUUUCCAAAGCCUUACAAGGAAAGAGCUUCAGUUUCUUUGCAAGAGAAACAAAAUCCCAGCCAACAUUACUAACGUUGCCAUGGCUGAUGCUCUCAACGCUCUUGAGCUGGUUGAAGGACUUGAGGAGCUGCAUAAUCAAUCUCAAUCCCCAGAAAAGACUGUGAACAAGGAAAUUCCUGGUACUGUUACCCGGACUUUAACUAGGAGAAAACCUAUCAAGGAUGAACAUCAAAGCACACAAUCAACCAUCCGAACCCGAAAAACUGCAAGAAAAACAAUGGGAGUGGAAGAAGAAAACAAGAACUUGAAUGUGCCUGAGGUUGAGGUUAAGGAUCAGAGGAAGAGUGAUAUGGUUGAGACUCCAUUGGCCAGUGGUAGGAGCAAAGUCAGGGCUCAGAAAGAAGGUUCACUGCAGACUGUCUACGGUACAAGGCGGUCGGUGAGGUUGCUGGGGAAGAGCAUGGCCGGAUUGUGUAUCAAGGAGAGUGAGAAAAUGCCUGCAAAGGUUGAUGAAAUGGUAGAAGGUGAAGAUGGAAGCAACAAUGGUCAAUCUGGAGCUACAUUAGAACUACCGUUGGCUCGGAAUUUAAGUGCGUCUCUUGAAGAUGAAAGGGAAUUCAAAGAUGAUGUUGAAGAAAACAUCAAGUCUGUCAACAAUGUAGAAACAGAUGUGACUGAUGAGAAAUUGAUACCUGAGGAUGGUUCUUAUAGUAGAACAAGCAAUGAGAAGACUGAGAUUGAAGGUGAAGACAAGAUUGCAGAUGAUGCUCAUGGAAUCAUAGAUCCAAAGGAUUUUGAUGGUAAUGCUGUCUCUGAAGAUUCCAUCACCUUAAAUGAGGAAUUGAUAGCUGAUAAGGCUGAUGAUGUUGCUGUUUCCAAUGAUCCAUGCGAGAUCGAGAACUUAAAUGAGAGAUUGGUAGCUGAUGAGACCAAUCAUGUUGCUGAUGAGAAACCGGUUGUUGAUGAGACUAAAUCAAUUGAAGUACUGAUUACAAAUGCCGAGGAUGUACCUGAAGAAGUUUUUGAUCAGUCUUCAUCAGCAGCAGAUAUGGAGGCAAUACAUGAUGAUGUAACCAUACUUGCGAAAGCUGAAGAGCACGCUGAUGCUGAAGUAUCCCAAAACGUUUUGGUUCUCCCUGCGGAAGGUCAUAUGGAUUCCUCAGAAGAAAAGGGGAAUGAAGAAUCUAAUGAUGAUGAUGCAUUCCUUGAUGAAUUGGACAUCAACAAUGACACAGGAUCUGAAAGUAAAUCACUAGCUGAAGAGCAAAUCACUGCUGAUGCUCAAAGUAUUCCAGAUCUCCCUGCAGAAGGUCAUAUGGAUUCCUCUGCAAAGAAGGGAAAUAAAGAAUCUAAUGAUGAUGAUGCAUUCCUUGGCAAAUCGGACAUCAACAAUGACACAGGAUCUGAAAGUAAAUCACUAGCUGAAGAGCAAAUCACUGCUGAUGACAGCACAGUAAAUGAAGAAUCUGAUGAUGGUGGCAGCACAGUAAAUGAAGAAUCUGAUGAGGAUGAGGAUCCCAAGACAAACAUGGUUUAUGAAGAAGCAUUGGUUGAUGCAAAUGUAACCGAAGCUGAAACCACCCUUGUGAGUUCAUUCCACAGUGCUUCCCAAUCUAUUGUGGACGACAUAGCUCAGAAGAGGGUAAACUAUGGUGGUUCGGAAGCAUUAAUCAAUGUCUGCGUAAAGCCAGCGGAGGAAUUUGCAGACACAACUCUUGUCUCAAACAGUGAGACUAUUACAACCUCAAUGCCACUGUGGUCACCAUCAAAAGCUCAAUUUUCGCAUCCAAGUAAAUCUUCAAACAAGAAAGAGACAACAGUAGUAGCCAAGGUGACCCAAGUGUCGGAUAACCUUAACAAGGAGAACAUUGUGGAGAAGGAAUUAGCGAAGCAGAAAUUGGAAAGUUUGAGUUUAAGACAACUAAGGAAGCUAAACAAGAUGUUUGACAAACUAGAGAUC